AUGUUACCAGAUUUAGACAAACCAAGUUUAAAAGAAAUGGGAAUAGUAUUGAUGGGUGAUAUGAUAGCAAUAUUACGGUACGCUAAAAAAGUAAGUGAAGAGAUGACUUGCGAGCGUUUUUUAGUAGACUCUGUCGACCCAUCUUUAUCAUUAAGCAAUAAAAAUCCCGACAAUAAUUUAUCAAAAAUAAAUCCAACAAAAUCAACUGUUAAAAAAUUACCUUCUAAAGUAACAAAUGUAUCAAAAAUUGCGGAUAGUAGUAAAACUAAAUCACAAGUUGUUGCUAAAAAUAAUUUGAAGGUAAAACCUAAUAUUGUAGUUACUGGACUGAAAAAAAAAACUGUUGGCAGUACGAGAGUUGUCGCUCCGAUAAAAAAACCUGAAGAUUUACAAGCGAAAAAAAGAAAGCUUGAAAUUGAAACUAUUGACAGUGAUUCUGACGAGAGUGACGAAGAUUUAGAUUUAAAAAUGAACAAAAGGUUAAAAAGUGACGAGAGUAAAAUAAAUUAUAAAGUUGUUAUGAAUAGGCCGACAAAUGUUGUAACAAAAGAAUCUUUAAAUGUUACUCAGAAGAAAUUAAUUGACCAAAAAAGAACUGUUUUUGAUAGACUGGGUGAUAGUUCAGUUACAAGUACUACUAAUUUAAUUGAUAGUACUACUUUUAAUAUUACCGGGAUUGGUAAUGAUGUUGUUAAACGCAAUUCUGGUGUAUUUAAACGCUUAGGAGAUAAAGAUAAAAAAGAUGUUAGUGCUGGGAUUUUAAAAAAUGAAAUUAAUGGAAAAUUAAAUCAACCUCAAGGCAUUUUAAAAAAUAAACCUAAUAAUGUUGGGACUACGUCGAUAAAAUUGGUUAAAAAUCCUGGAAAAUCGGGAACUAUGCACGCUGAUCAUGAGAGUAAGAAGAAAAUUGUUUCGAGUAGUAUUAAACAACUUGUACGGACUACUAAAGCUAUGAAAUUGAAUAGCGUUACGUCUAUUACCAGGAAAAUUCCUAAUAAUAAAUUAGGUGAGUUGAAGUUAUUUUUAUCUUGA